AUGGCCUCUUUGAUGAUGGCCAGGGUCGACGGAGUGUCCGAGAGAAAACGGGCUCGUCCACGCGAGUACUCGGCGACCAGACGAGUUCCCAACAACACUGACGUGUGCCUUAGACGAGCAGUUUGCUCACCGGCGCCAGGUGAUGCUGUAGGUUCUGAGACAGACGCCUUCGCGACGGAAGCCGACUCGACGAGGCUGGGCCGUUCUGGCGUCUCGGGGAUACACUUGCUCAGCCAAAAGUGCAUCUCGCUGAGGGAGAAUUGCCCCAGCAAGAUGAGGCUGUUCUCGAGGCUGGAGGAGUACAGAGGACGGGGCAUUGGGGGAGGCCAUGUUAUGUGUGUGAACAAGACAGUAACCCUACGCCGUACAAAUCGUAGACACAAAGUCCGAAACCAUGUCACCUUAGGCCAGGACGUGUAG